AGAAUAGAAUAGAAUAGAAUAGAAUAGAAUUGAAUUGAAUUGAAUUGAAUUGAAUUGAAUUUUUUUAUUGGCCAAGUGUGAUUGGACACACAAGGAAUUUGUCUUGGUGCAUAUGCUCUCAGUGUACAUGAAAGAAAAGAUACCUUCGUCAAGGUACAACACUUACAAUACUUAAUGAUAGUCAUAGGGUACAAAUUUAACACUUAAUGAUACAACACUUAAUGAUAGUCAUAGGCUACAAAUAAACCAUCAGGAAAUUGAUUGAACUUGAACAACAUCAAUUUUCUGCACUAAAGUGUUGCAGUUAUUAUAACCAUCUUACAAAUGUUGUGCCUCCAAGUCAGGAUUGAUUCCUGAUGACUGCCUGGACAUGUCUCUGAAGUUUUCUCAGCAAGAUUUUCAAAAGCAGUUUGCUCUUACUUUCUUCCUAGGGCUGAGAGAAAGUGACUGGUUCAAAGUCUCCCAGCUGGCUUUCUAGCUAAGGUGGGACUAGAGCUCAUGGCCUCCUAGUUUUUAGCCUGGUAUCUUAACCAUUACACCAAACAUAUUGUUGAUAGGGGAUGAUUAAAAAUGAACUACCAAAAAAUAGGAUUUCCAUGUUCAUCAGAAAAUUUGAACCUUGAAACUCCUUGUUGCCUAGCUACUACUACAGUAUAUCUUUUACAUAUAGCAGAGAAAACAGGAAGAGGCCAGCAUGCAAAAACUAGCAAACUAGCAAUAGAGUGAAGACAGAUUAGGCAUAAGGAAGUGGCUCCUGGGGCUUCAUAGUGGGUUUUGUUAUUCAGCCUGUGGUCCCAAAAAGAGCAAUAAACAGAAAAGAACAUUUUCAGCUAGAGAACAAUUCUAUCUCUGUGGUGAAAUACAUUUUUUUUACUACCGGUUCUGUGGGCGUGGCUUGGUGGGCGUAGCUUGGUGGGUAUGGCAGGGGAAGGAUACUGCAAAAUCUCCAUUCCACCCCACUCCAGGGGAAGGAUAUUGCAAAAUCCCCAUUCCCACCCCACUCUGGGGCUAGCCAGAGGUGGUAUUUGCAGAUUCUCUGAACUACUCAAAAAUUCUGCUACUGGUUCUCCAGAACCUGUCAGAACCUGCUGGAUUUCACCCCUGCUCUAUCCCCAUCAGAGACAGAUAAGUGCAAAAAUAAGUAAUACAGCACAUUCCUAUUAAACCUUUUUUUAAAUCCAAAAUAGAAAUGAUAACACCAACUAUAAUCAGAAACAACACAAAGAUACCAAGCCUUGGGAAAGCAGUAGAUUUACAGAAGGAAUAUUUUAAAAACACUAGGAUUUAUUUAAGCAAUUCUGGUCCUGCAAACUAUAAGGUGCUUUAUAAAGAAAUUGCACUCAGACAAUUUGGUGAUGAUUAUCUUUUGUUUCUCCUGUAAAUAUCUUUUGUUUAUGAUUAUGAUACCCCUGGAGCUUUAAUUAUUGCUCAUGUAAGAAAUUACGUAUCAUUUUUAAAAUGCAUGAGAAAAAUGAAAGAUGAGUAAACUCAGGAAACAUAUAAACUAACACAUUUAGAGAAUUAUAGUCUUCCCAUUUUUAUCAGUUAAUGAAUUGGAGCAGGCUGUCUUGUAGAUUCUUUAAUGUGCAAAAUAGCAUGCAGUUCUAGCCGUAUGGUUCUUACAGUUCUACCUCUAAUUAUCUAGUGGUAACAAUAGUCAAUAAAGUUAUAUGCAUUUUCAAUACUUCCACUGCCCCAGCUUACUACUCAACCUGUUUUAAUGGGCAUAUCUUGUUUGCAUGACAUAACAGUAUCACAAGAGAGACACAAGUAACAGUAUUAUUAGGAGCCCCCUGUUUUUAUCAGGCUCACCUAGGCAAUUUUAGGACCAAAGCUAAACAACACAUUACAUAGUAAAACUCUGAAGGUGAAACUCAAGCUUCAGAUGUUCCCUAUGCCACCAAUAAGAAUUCAUUGAAAAUAGUGCAAAAACCUACAAGUCUUAAGAUUGUCGUGUAAUCCCACACUCUGAAGAUAGCAAGCUGAGUUCCCAAAUGGCACUAACUCAGUAUUUUCCUUCUAGGCUAGUCUUAGCAACUUAGCUCACUGAGUAAUUGAUUAUGUGGUCCUUGUUCUGACUCCACCUUCAAACACUAGUACUGUGAUGGCGAACCUAUGGCACGCGUGCCAGAGAUGGCACACAGCGCCCUCACUGAUGGCACACGAGCCAUUGUCCCAGCUCAGCUCCACUGCACAUGUGCAUGUACCUCCCGCCAGCCAGCUGAUUUUCGGGUCUCUGCCGUGCAUGUGCAGGGGGCAGGGCAUAUGCGGGAAAUCAUGUGCAUGCAUGGAGUUGCACGUGUAUGUGUGGGGGAGCAUGGGUGGUCACGCACACAUGUGCAGGGGGCAGGAGAGUGCAGAGAUCAUGCAAGCAUGCGGGGGGCAGUGGAAGUGUGGGAAGAGCACGCACACAUGGGGAGUGCAGGGGAGCACGUGCAUGCGCAGGGGGGCACUGGGGAUGGGUCACAUGGCCAUUGCAUUAUGGGUGUGAGCGCACACAUGCUUUUGGCACAUGACAACAAAAAGGUUAGCCAUCACUGCACUACACCACAUGUCUUCAGUGGCACCUCCUGUCUCUUGACCUGGAAAAUCAGAUGGGUUUAAUGGGUCCUCUUUCCAGAUAGGUGAAAGUUGUUCUUACUUCGUAUACCUUACUUACCUCACAGAUAGAAUACCUGUCCAGAGAUUCUUUGGGGGAAUCAUCUUUAAAUUCCAGGAAUCUGAAGGGGAGCAUUAAUCCAGUCCUAUGUUUGAGUCCAUUCAUGGGUUGUUUUACAGGUACCCAAUUUUCCAGAAUAUUUCCAGGAUUUAAGAACCAUUUUUUUCAUGAAGCAGUAGAUUUCCCCCACAUCUAACUAUUUUAUUUAUUGGCUUUUAGGAGGUUUAUAGAAUGAUCUACCUACAAAUCAUACAAUUUUUAGCUGGUUGUUAUUGUAAUUACAUUUCUAUGUAAUUGAGGAUACUCUUUAUUUUGAGGGCGUACCAUGGUGGGCAUGUUCUAUUUUUUUUUAAAUCUUAAUCUCCAAUUUGGAUUUUUCAAAAUAAAUAUUGUUACUCAGUUAUUAAUUGCAACUUUCUUUUUAGUUAAGUGACUUUAACUGGGUAAUAUAACUUGAUAAUUAAUGGAAAGGAUUAUACUACCAGAAAUAUCACUUUCAAAAAUUAAAACAUUAUUCCAGGAAAGAAAAGGUUUGCGGAGGGUAUAUCAUUGUUUUGUCACAGUAUGCCAGUAAACCUUCAGCUAAUCUCAUUUUAAGCAUUUAAGGAUGAUUGAGGAUGGAACAAAAACAGCAUACAGUCAGGCUGGAAAACUUUCAAUGAAAAUAACCACGCUUAGGAUUUUAAAAACCUGAAUAAAUCCAAGGGCAAAAAAAUAUCAGUGGGUCACACUCACCUUCCCUUCCCAAAGCAAUGUAUUUUUCCAAGGGUGAAAAAAGGACCCCUGGUGGCCAAAGCUUUAAUAAGGUGACACUGGAAUUUUACUUUCACUUUUCCAUAAACUCGUCAUUAAACUUCCAUUGCUGGCAGCAGUUGAAGGAGACAAUUUUUCAGCUUGCUGGAUUGGCUUCUUUCAGUCAUAGUGGGGGGAAAACUGUCAAACCCAUGGACAAUGAUCUUCAGAAAAUAUCAGACUUAUUGUGAUCGUUUGCGACAGGACACAGCUUUUCUAACCAGCAAUGGCAGACUGAGUGAGCAGCUGGUUGAUAAAAUCAUUCUUCAGCUAAAUCGAGUUUAUCCCCAAAUUCUCACCAUUAAAGAAGCUGAAAAGUUUCGGAAUCCCAAAGCUCCUCUUCAUAGUCGGCUAUCAAACCUUAUAGAUCACUUGAAAAAGAAAGGGGACAAACCCUGUCAAGAAUUUUACCGAGCUUUACAGAUCAAUGCUGAACAUCUCUAUAACAACUUGCCAAGCAGGAAAAUUUUAAAAACCUCAGAUUCCACAGGGAUAAACCCUGAGAAGGAGAAAUAUAUGCUAAAUGACAGGGGUCCUACGUUCUUUCUUGCCUGCUUCAGUAUUGCUGCAGGGUUAGCAUUCUUCAUGUAUUGCUGCAAUCCAGAUUCCAGAAUUCUGGGAAAAGCCAAGAAGGUGCUGGGAUUUUCCCCAAUUAUCAUAGGAAGACAUGUUAGCAACAUCUGUAUGUUAUACAUGGAAGAUUCGUCAGGAAGACAGUAAGAAUAAAUUGGGGCAGCAUCAGAUUUCCCUGCCAAUAGCACGGAUCCUUUGCAAGCAAUUACCUUUUCUUAUACCAAAGAUCUAACUCAGUUGCUUUAGCAGUCUUUGCUGCUUCAAAGGGCUUUCAGAAGAUCACUUGUAUUUGCCUUUUACUUGUGGAGCAGAUUUUUUUAUUUUUGUACAAGCUUAUUUUUAAAAAUUAUUUAUCACCUUGAUAAAAUAUAUUUUAAUGCAAAUAAGCAUUUUAACAUGCCCUGAUUCAUUCAAGUCUUGAGCAUCAAGUCAUGUAUGUAUGUGUAUAUAAAUAUGUAUGUAUUGCAUUCUGCCAUUUUCUGUUUCAAGAUGAACUGAAAGUUCCUGCUUAGGCUAGUACUGAAAGAUGGAACCUUGGUGUGUCUCAUUAUUAAGAAGAUAAUAACUCUACAUGAAAGCUGUACUGAGUGCUUUACUUCAUUGAGAACAAAUGGAAGUUUUCCACCUAAUAUGAGUGACAACCUUGAGUGCUGAUGAUAGAACCCAUCAAGUUUUGUAUAUCAGAUAAUCCAUUAUCAAUUGUUGGGGAUUCUCUUUAUAAAUAGCAAAGGUAUUUAUAAAGAAUAAAUAAAGAUAAAAAAUAA